AUGAAGGGGAGUGCAUGGAGAGGAAUUGUUUAUUGUUUCUUGUUUUAUACUAGCAUAUUUUCUGGUUUCCUGACCAUAUGUUGCCCUUUGCUUCCUCUUCUUUUAAUUGAUAACCGUCUAUAUAGGCAUGCUAUGGAUAUAGUAUUUGCUAUUUGGGAGCUUUAUCCUGUUGCACUAAUGGAGAUUCUCUUUGGGACGGAAUUUGUUGUAAGUGGCGAUAAAAUUAGGCCUUGGGAACACUCAAUACUUAUCAUGAACCACAGAACAAGGCUGGAUUGGAAUUUUCUUUGGGGUGCAAUGUAUUACAGCACCUCUCCUCCAUCUCACAGACUGAAGUUUAUCCUCAAAUCUCCCAUUAAAAGAGUUCCAGGAGCAGGUUGGGUUAUGCAAAUGGCAGGAUUUUUCUACAUUCAUAGGAGAUGGGAGGAUGAUCAGCGUUUAGUAUCUAAUAUGUUGGAAUAUCUUCAAGAUAUCAAUCAUACCUACCAGGUUUUAAUAUUCCCAGAAGGGACAGAUUUAACAAAGAAAAGCAUUGCAAGGAGUAAUCAUUAUGCAGAUAUAAAUAAUCUUCAACAUUACACUCACGUUUUACACCCCAAAACAACUGGUUUUGCCUACAUUGUUAAGAAAAUGAAAUCAAUCGGGCAACUAAAUGCUGUUUAUGAUCUGACGAUUGGUUAUCCUGACACAUUGCCUGAAACUGAGAUAGAUGUAAUGCAAGGCAUUUUUCCAGAAAAAGUUCAUUUCAUGAUUAAGAGGUAUUCCAUAAAUGAAUUACCAUCCAGUUUUGAAUCAGUAAAAGAAUGGUUGAACAGAAUUUGGCGAGCUAAAGAAGACACGUUACAAAGAUUUUAUAACUCUGGCGAAUUCAUACCUCAGCCAAAUGAAUCAGUUUGGCCGAGGCCGAUAUGUAACACACUGCAUUUAGCUGUAAUUUUUUGGACUGGUUUAAUAUUAGGAACAAUUUAUCUGACUUAUACUUCUAUGUUGUUUUUGCUAUGGUCAAUUUUAACCUGUACCAUAUUUACUAUUUUGUCCUUUGCUACUGAGGGCUUUUUCCACAUUGAGAUAGCUUGGUUCAAACUAAAGCAUAAACAAUUAAUGAAAAGUAAAAAAUGA